AUGAUAUCUGGACUCAAGGACCGACACGAAUCUCAGCUCAAGCAAGAAGAGGAAGAGACGAAAGCUAUGGUGCUCUCAAGACCUAGGAGAACACAUGGCAGUGUCAAGAAAGAAGAGGCCGUCCUUGUCAAGCUGGAGAACUUGAAGAAGGAAGAUAAACACCAGACGGAUCUGGACGACGAGAUCAGCGAGAUGGAAUUAGUGGACAAGGACGAUGUCGCCGAGGUUGUCUCCCCAGAAACUCGCCCAAGAGAGUGUACGCAUUCUUCACGUGAGCCAAACAACUACAGGACGAGUUACUUGCUGGAUAUUGACGCAAUGCAUUUAGCUCCUGAGAUAACUAUUCCCAGAUCUCGACUAGUCGUUCGUGUCGAGAUCCCUUACAGACCGAAUCGGUUUCAAUCAUUCGGUGAAGGGAGCUCGACCCGGAGAACAUCACUCAAGCGUGGUUUGGAGACAACCAAGGCACAAGAAAAUAUAACCAGUCAGCCAAGGACUAGAGCAGCUACGAAGAAACAGAAGGUUGUUCAAAACCAUCCCCCCAACGGUGGUGGAAUGGAGACGAAGCUCCUGGGAGACAAAUAUAAAUGCAACCACUGCCGGGCAAACGGUUUAGACUGUGAAGUCAUCAUUGAAGGUUACUCCCUGCUACAGUCUCAUUGGCUGAAUGCAUCGAGUUUCAGCCGAUGCCGCAACUCGAGAUGCCGCUCCUGCAAGGUGUCGACCGGUGCUCGUCGUUGCUUAUUCCCCUUCAUGGAGAAAAAGCUCGCACAACGAGCCGCCGCUCGGCUGUCUACGGCCCUUCCUCUCACUCUCACUGGUACUCGCUCCGGCUUGCAAUUCCGACGCGACAGGCUACUAUCAAUAAAUCCCGGCUCUUCAACGUCGGGCUCCGCGCCUGGCACUGCGGUUUCUCAAAAUCACGGUAGCACAAAUGCUCCUGGAGCGCAUCCUGCGCUGUCUUCAUCUUCAUUGUCAGUCUCGGCUCCAGCUGUUCGAAGCGGUGUAGAUACUCCCUCCACUUCGCGUCGCCGCCGAAGAGGUCUUCCACCCUCCAACCCACACCCCAAGCCCAACUUUUCAGCACAUCGUCCAACUCCGCCCCCAACCCCAGUCAACCAGCCUGUAUCAGCUUCCAAAUCGGCGCCUUCAGCGUCCUCUCAGAUCAUUUCCCAAGACCCCGGCCAUGGCAAUGCCGACACCUCUGAAAUCAAUGGUUUUACUCCUCUCAACUUGGACCCGAGCCUGCCAGCAGACGAAACUGUGGCCCUCCUGCGAGGACUCUUGGCACAAAGCCAAGAAACAACGAGAGUCGUUGCAUCUCUUCUAGAACGUCUGGACGCGAGAUAG